AUGAUCUUCAGUCUGAGGACCGCUGCGAGGGUCCCCGCUCCAGAGGCGCCACCUAAGUGGGCCAAGACUGAGAGAUCCUUCAGACCCAUGGCUGCUACACUGAGAGGACUCCACCAGUCUGCUGUGGAAGUGAUACAACGUCCAGCCUCAGAGGACAGUGUGACGGACAGUUUUGGACAGUUUAUCCAGGGUGUCCAGCCCCACCACUUGACCCCCACCCUGCUCGACCGUAGCAAGAGGAUGGUUCUGGACUCCAUCGGAGUGGGACUACUGGGCAGCACCACACACGUCUUCCAGCUGGCCCUACAACACUGUCAGCACAUGUAUGCUCCCGAUGACGUCAGUUCUGUUUACGGACGUAGAGGAACCAGACUCUCCCCAACCCUUGCUGCCUUCGUCAACGGAGUGGCCACUCACUCCAUGGACUUUGACGACACCUGGCACCCUGCUACUCACCCGUCGGGGGCGGUCCUUCCUGCCCUACUGGCAGUCAGCGAUAUGCUGCCCAACAACAGAAAGCCAAGUGGGCGAGACUUCCUGUUGGCCUUCAACGUUGGGAUAGAGGUCCAGGGACGCCUGAUGAGGUUCUCCAACGAGGCUCAGAAUAUCCCCAAGAGGUUUCCACCCCCCACCGUUGUGGGUACUCUGGGUAGUGCUGCAGCCUGCGCCCGCCUCCUCUCUCUGGAACGCUCUCAGUGUAGCCACGCCCUGGCCAUCGCUGCCAGCCUAUCAGGAGCCCCCAUGGCGAAUGCGGCCACCCAGUCUAAACCUCUCCACAUCGGAAACGCUGCGCGGCUGGGGCUGGAGGCGGCUCUGCUGUCCUCAAUAGGACUGGAGGCCUCUCCUAGGGUCCUGGAUGACACCUCCGGGGUUGCGGGGUUCAGUGCCUUCUACGAGGACUACGCCCCACAGCCUUUGAUCUCUCCAGAGGACGCGGGGUUGCGGUUCCUACUGGAGGACCAGGACAUGGGGUUCAAGAGGUUCCCGGCCCACCUGGGGAUGCACUGGGUGGCCGACGCUGCUGCCUCAGUGCACAAGCUACUGCUGGGGGAGCUGGAGUCACAGGGGAUGGGGCGAGGGUCACAGGUCGUAGGUCAGGUGCAGGACAUCUUGCUGAGGGUUCCCCACUCCAAGUACAUUAACCGUCCAUUCCCGGAGUCGGAGCACCAGGCCAGACACUCCUUCCAGUUCAAUGCCUGUUCUGCACUGCUGGAUGGGGAGGUCACCGUGUUCUCAUUCUCCCAGGAGGCACUACAGCGACCCGACCUGCUAGCCUUGCUGGGGCGUGUCCGCGUUGAGCAUCCCCAUGACAACCCGGCUAACUUUGACAACAUGUAUGGCGAGGUGCAGGUGACGCUGGUGGGUGGGGAUGUGCUGAAGGGACGCUGUGAUACUUUCUAUGGUCACUGGCGCAACCCGCUGACCGAUGAGAGCCUGAAGAAGAAGUUCUGUAGCAACGCUGGUGCGGUCCUACCCAGGGAAAAGGUGGAGGGGCUGAUUGAGGCUGUAGAGGGACUGGACAGACUGGAGGACUGCUCUCCUCUACUGGCACAGCUGCAGUGAAACACACACACAUCACAGACGUGCACACACACACAC